GUAUUAAGAAAGGUUUGAUGUGACUGGUGUCCCCACUGGAUGCGUAUAAGCCAUGAUUUUUUAAGGACAUUGGUGGGCGGUUAAUGUCAUUGGAGAGGGAGAGCAUGCCCUUCACCUGCUCAUUUGCUUAGGUGGGAAUUCCUUUUGCGUGAAUCCUGGUGCGUACCAGACUUUGACGGCGAUGCUCUCUUUACCUUCGUUUCUUAUUAUUUAGCAACCAGAUCGAACUACUGUUUCUCAUUGCAGUUAGGUAUAUCCAAUUUUAGCUCUGCUCUACGGUUGUCCUGUUUGUUUUUCUCUUUUAAUGGUACCUACUCGGAAAGCUUGGAUCUUGGAGUCCUUUUCUGCAGAAUGCUUUGUAUUUCGGGCAAUGGCGGACUCUCUGGAACUGGUGUGGUAAGUGGUCAGUUUACCUUUUAAGGACGGAAGCAGCAGUAGCAGUAGCACAUGCCUAAACUGCAUAGGCGAUUUGUGAUUCGAACCCUGGACGUAGCGGUUUGAAUCAAAAGUGAAAAUGUAUGGACUUUCACCCCAAGCAAGCGGCCUGCUUGUGAUCCUUCUGUUGAUGAGCAGUCCUGUGGUGUUUCAGAUGCCUGCCAUGGCGAGAAUCAUCCGGGAGACCACUGUAAAUGUUGAUAUUUCAAGAACAGUUCCAGGGUUUAGCAAGCUUCCUACCGUGGUACGAGAACGCCUGCAUAUUCCUCAAAGAUCUUGGAGCCUUCCUGUUUUCCAAGAAGCUCCGGCGUUCCGUAACGGCAAAGAAUGCGUCAUUACAACGCCGCCAUGGAUGGCGAUGAUGUCCUCGGAGAAUCAUGAGAAGGAAGAUGAGGAGCUCUGCGAUUCGAACGCGGUACAUAUUGCAAUGACACUGGACGCUGCUUAUUUGAGAGGAGUCGUGGCGGGAAUUCUGUCAAUUCUCCAGCACGCUGCGUGCCCUGAGAAUGUCGUGUUCCAUUUCUUGGCUUCGGACAGGGAAGCCGAUCUCAAGGAUGCUCUCAUGGCGACUUUUCCUUAUCUGCGCUUCAAACUUUACCAUUUCGACGAAAAUAUUGUCAAGGACAAGAUUUCCUACUCCAUUCGCCAGGCUUUAGAUCAGCCGCUGAAUUAUGCCCGCUCUUAUUUGGCUGAUAUUCUGCCUCGCUGCGUGGGAAGAAUCAUUUAUCUGGACUCCGAUUUGGUUGUGGUGGACGACAUAGCAAAGCUUUGGGAAACCAGUCUGGAUUCUCACAUGCUUGCCGCUCCCGAGUACUGCCAUGCGAAUUUCACAAAGUAUUUCACCGAUGAUUUCUGGUCCGAUCCAGUUCUGUCCCAAACAUUCCAGGGCAAAAAAGCUUGUUAUUUUAACACAGGGGUUAUGGUGAUCGAUUUGGUGAGAUGGCGGCAAGGUUCGUACACAUUAAAGAUCGAGGAAUGGAUGGAAGUGCAGAAGAAGAGACGGAUCUACGAGCUAGGUUCUCUGCCGCCAUUUUUGCUGGUGUUCGCAGGAGAAGUGGAAGCAGUGGAUCACAGGUGGAAUCAGCACGGAUUGGGAGGGGACAAUUUCGAAGGGCGGUGCAGAAAUCUUCAUCCUGGCCCUGUAAGUCUUCUCCAUUGGAGUGGCAAAGGGAAACCCUGGCUGCGUCUUGAUCUGAGGCAAUCCUGUCCUCUGGACUCCCUCUGGGCUCCUUACGAUCUCUUCCAGUCCACCUCUGUCCUCCAUUGAUCGUUUUCCAUGUUCGAUCUGAUCUGCUCCUGCUUCUUCAACUCAAUUUUACAAUUGCGCCUGAAGAUAGUGCCGCCAAAUUUACACUCAAAUGUUACUACUCACUCUGUUCAAUCAAUAUAUACAGGUAGUAUUUAUAGCGAUGUUUGUACAUGGCCGAUAUAAACACUAAAAUGCUUCCGUGGAUUUGAAUCCACAGUACACGCAAGUGUAAGGAGAGCGUAAUAAUAAUAAUAAAGACUUGCUUUGCUUUUUUUCUGCA